AAAAAAAGCCUAACUAGUCAUGCUGGGUGCGGAUCCGGCGUAUGCUCUCUGUAUACUCUACCAUACAUUAAAACGCCGGGUUCCCGCUCUGUUCUUCGAAUUCUACCCAUACCUUCCCUUUGUAUAUCUCAAUACGUCUCUUACUGGUUUGACUACAACAUCUAUCAAUCGGACCUACUUCUCUCGUCACUCAGUAGAUACCAGGAAAAGACAUGAUGAAGGUCUCCAACCUAGUCUCCACAGAAUGGAGCGAACAAUCCGGCACCUCGUCUCAACCUCAUCUCAGUCCUGCACCGAGCCUGUCAGGUUCAGUUCGCAAAUAUGACGAAUACUGCGAGAAACCAAGUCCCAUCACAACUGCUGCGAACACAUCCUACUUCUCUGUAGUGAACAGUAACAAAACGACAACGCCGCAGUUACCACUGUCACCUCCAGCAGAUGAUCAGCGCAAAUGCUCUCUUCCUUCGAUAUCGAGUCUGUUGGAAGGAAUGGAUAGUAUGCCUGCAAACAAACGUGCUCGCCAUGACUCUGGCGAUUACAGCCGCAACUUCUUCCCUCCAACACCUCCAAUGCGCCCCUGCUCCGGUUUUACAGAAGGUAACUCGCCUGCAUCUCUUCCCUCGGGACGAUCACAUUCCGCAUCAGUCAGCAGCACAGUCUCGCAUCAACCUCCACAGCGCACAUCUUUACCAUCUAUCUCUGCGUCACUCCAGAACACACCAGUCCACCCACCAGAACGCCUAUCCAUCUCGUCACUCGCCUCUCCCGACUCUGCUCGCCUUCCACACGCCAUUCCCAGUCCUUCAUCUACCACAACCUCGAUAACAACGGCCACACAACCAACACCAUACUAUACCACUUUGGAAGAAAAGCCAUAUCCCCGAGCACACAGCGCAUCCGCUCCAGUGACUCCAUCAUCACUUGUUCCUCCCCCACCACCGCCACCAGCCAUGCUCUCACCCGUGAAUCACCAAGGCUGGCAACAUCAUCACUACUUUCCACUUUCGACCACUACACCAUUUCCCCCAAACCACGAGCGGUACAUUUGCCGUACAUGUCACAAGGCAUUUUCUCGCCCAUCCAGUCUCCGAAUCCACUCCCACAGCCACACUGGCGAAAAACCAUUCCGAUGCACACAUGCAGGUUGCGGAAAAGCGUUUAGCGUACGCAGCAAUAUGAAGCGUCAUGAGCGUGGGUGUCAUAGUGGACGACCUAUGACGGCGACUGUCGUAUGAUCAAAGAUAGAAAAAAAAAAAGGAAAAAAAAAGAAAAGAAAGGGCCCUUAUCUCGGGUCCAUGGUGGUUUUACGUCUUCAUGUGUUUUAUUAGAUUUCGUCCCUUUUUUCCUUUUAUUGGGAUUGUGUUUUACUAGGUGUUUUUGAGGUGGUCUUUUUUUGUGUAUAAAAGUGUGCGGAUUUAUACCCCAUGGAUUUUG